AUGAUCGGAACGUCCCAUUCAAGAUUCCUUCACCUUGUUGAAUAUGACCGAAUAAUUGAAUGGUAUGACAGGAGAAACACUCCAUUCUUCAGCGGUGUGUUUGAGGUCCUGAAACCCAACAAUAGUCGCGGUAUAAAACUUGAUCCUAAAUUUGAGAUUCCUCUCCCUCGUCCUAAAUCAAUUCAGGGUAGAAGAGUUUAUGCUGAUGUGCUUUCUUGUUAUAAUGGUCUUCUUUACUUGAAUUGUUCAAUGGACGGAGACAUUUCAUUUGUUUGCAACCCAAUAACAGGUGAGUUUAUAAAACUUCCAAAACCCCCUCCAAUGCUGAAACCCUGCGAGUGCAAAAUAUCUUGGGGUUUUGGUUUUCACCCAAAAUCAAACCAAUACAAGGCAAUGAGAAUUCAUAUCUUUAAACAUGAUCAUCCUAUGGUUGUUGAAAUGCUCAGGGUUGGAAUAUCAAAAACAUGGGUAAAUAUUGAGGUAAAUUAUCUCAAGAAUUUGGUAUAUAUGUCGAGUUAUUCUAUUGCUUUAAAUGGGGCACUUCAUUGGAUUGGUAUGGAUGUUGAUGGCAAUAUGUCCAUAUGGGCUUUCAAUUUCGACACGGAGAGGUUCCAAUCCUUCUCUAUGGUGCCCAUGGAUCAGGGUACAAGACUCGGCAUAUUUGAAUUCAGGGGUUUUCUCUGCUUGAUAUAUUUUAAUGAGCUGCUGGUCACAAUGUGGAUGAUGGAAAAAUAUGGAGUUGAAGAAUCUUGGACUCCCAUUCUCGUAAGUUCUGACAGAAAUACUAAUUCUUCCAUAACCAUGUCUUAUGAUUUUGUUGCCUUCCAUGAUCGUGAAAAUAAAGAACUUAGGAUUUUUCAGUUUUACUAUGAAUACAGCACCAUUCAGAUGAUUGAUCUUGUUCCUACUCUUAUCCCACUGAAGGAUAUUAUUAUCGGAGAUAAUGUGGAGGUCCAGAAUAUUUACUCACGGGAUAACCCAAAUUGA